AUGGCUGCAGCAUUCCUCCACACCUACGCAGGAACCUUCUAUGACCCCAAAGGCGACGAAGCCAACGGCCAUAGAGACCCCUUGAUGCAGGCCACCUGCGAGAUCCUGGGACCCCUAUGGUUUCUGAUGCCGGAGCGAGGGCUGGAACCCCCAGAGCUGAAGCGAGGAGAUCCUCUGGAACAACAGACACGACCAGCGGGACAGGACCUCACUGAUCCUCCGACUGACAGUCUGCCAUCCAUCCAUCCAUUUUCUAACAACCAUGUCCCUGGUGGGGUCGGGAGAGAAGAGACACGUCCAAGAGUUCAAGAGACUUUUACUACAUUUCAACUGAAAUACUGUAAAAAUACAAGAAUGAAACACAUUUUGAGAAGAAGUGUUCGACUGGUGCUAAAUGGUUACUAUGGAGCUGAUGGAAAACCAACGAUCUCUUAUCAUGAGACCAGCAUCAGGAAGUGGACAUACCGUCGGUAUAACCACGCAGCAACAAAAGAGACGUCUUCAGGAAACAUCAGCUGCAGCAGCAGCAGCAGCAGCAGCUGCAGCAAUGAGGACCUAUUGAAGUUCACGCUGAAACGUUGUUUUGUCAGCGUCAUAUUUCUUGUCUUGUUUUAUGGAUUUGCCUGCAUUAUUGCUCCUCUUUCCAUGGACCCUCUGGUUUCUUCACCCCCCACCAUAAACACAGUUUCGGUCCCAGGAUGUGAAGAUAAAGGAAGACAAAUACAGGAAGUGAAGGAUGUACUGAUAGUCCUGCAGAAUAAGAUGGACUACCUUCUUCCAUCGGCAGAUUUGUUGCCCAACUUUGCUCUGAAAUCACAAGGAGCAAAGGUUUUACAGUGGAGGCCAUUAGCCGCACAUCCUGGCCAACUACAAAGAUGCGGUUGGUUUGGGUUUGCACUAGAAGAGCCAUUUAUCCACCCAGACAUUGUCAUCCAGGGGAGGACUCACCUAAAUCCAGGAGAGUGCUGGGCUUUUGAAGGUUCCCAGGGACAUUUAGCCAUCGCCCUGUCCCACAGAGUCCUUAUCAGUCACGUCACCUUGGGUCACCUGCCUAAAAUGUUGUCCCCGACUGGUAACAUCUGGAGUGCUCCCAAGGAGUUUUCUGUCUAUGGAAUGAGGGAACCUGAACAGGAGUGGACUCACCUGGGAACUUUUAUCUAUGAGCAGGAUGGAGAUUCGCUUCAGACCUUUGAGCUACCGAGCCAUGAAAAAAUGGCCUUUAGCUCCAUAAAGCUACAGAUAAACAGUAACUGGGGCCACACAAAGUACACCUGCCUCUACAACGUCAGAGUCCACGGAGAGAUCGCUUAAUGAAGAGGUGGAGAAAGAGGAUGGAUAGAGGGUAAGUAUGGACAGAGGUAAGUUUUGAGACUCAAAUUAUUACAUUUCUUUUGGAAAAUUGUUAUUUUUCAAAAUGCCUGCCAAUUAAUUAAAUUAAUUGACAGACAAGUUUUUCUACCCACAAAAACCUUUGUGAGUAGAAAACAAUCAUUUGUUAAUGGGUAAAAAUUAGAAGCAGAAGAAAGAAUUAGGGUACAAAACAGGGGUUUAAAAUUUCAACAGUGUAGACAUCCAUUUCAUUCAUACAUAUUUUGCAUAUCUGGACUACAUGUGCCUGCAUUUUAUUAUAACUACAACUAAAUUAUAGAUAUGUAGGCAUGCACCUCAUGUGGUCGCCGGGGCAGAAACGCGGGCAUGGAGGAGUUUGAAGACUUCAUGGAGAACAACUUCCCUAUGGCUUCAAGGUGAUUCUGGGCCACCACCUGGCAUCUCAGAAAGAGGAAGUGGUACAGCAGCAGUACUGCUUACAGUGGGGAUGCUGUGCUGCUGACCUCAGCUUGGGACAGUGUGGGUUGGUGGGCAGAAUACUUUGACGGUCUUAUCAAUCCCCUUAGUGCAUGUCUUCAAA